GCAUUGAGGAACAUCAGUGAAGCAAAGUGGAAUGUGCCCACUAUCAUGCCCUUUACUGAAGACGUCCAGAAAAUGCACACACAUCUCAGUGAAGUGCAAGAGAAGUGGUUCAAAACACUCUCUGGAAGUCCCUCUACUAAAACCUGGAUGGAGCUGGCAAAGGUGUGUCUAGCCCAGAUGAUUCUCUUUAACCGCCGCAGGGAAGGAGAGGUUUCGAGUAUGCCUUUGUCUGCAUUUCUUUCAAGAGACACUUCUCAUCCACAUGAGGAUGUGGACUGGGCACUUUCUGAAGUGGAAAAAAAACUCUGCAGACACUUCACAAGGGUUAUCACAAGAGGAAAGCGUGGUCGACCAGUUCCAAUUCUUCUGACUCCAAAAAUGCUAUGUGCCUUAGAACUCCUUGUUAAGCAGAGAGAGGUUUGUGGGGUUCUGAAAGACAAUCCCUAUAUGUUUGCAAGACCAGAAGCCAUGACACAUUUUCGAGGGUCAGACUGCCUCCGUGGCUUUGCUAAGGUGUGUGGCGCAAAGUGUCCCAAGUCACUGACAUCUACAAGGCUGCGAAAGCAUGCCGCAACGCUUUCAACAGUGCUGAAUAUGACUGACACCGAGAUGGACCAGCUGGCAAACUUCCUUGGACACGACAUAAGAAUCCAUCGUGAGUUCUAUCGACUCCCUGAGAAGACCUUGCAACUUGCCAAGAUCAGCAAAGUUCUAAUGGCACUUGAACAAGGAAGAUUAGCUGAGUUCCAUGGCAAGAACUUGGAUGAAAUUGGGAUAGAUCCUGAUGAAAAAGUUCUUAACUCUGAUGAGGAAGACGAGAGCAUAACAGAGGGACUCUGUUCAUCUACUGUUGACGAACCAUCUUCAGAGGUGGCACUUCCUCCUACCGAGAGGAGUGACAUGCCGCCACCACCCAAGAGACGCAGACUACCAGCAGAUGAAGAGAUGCCUACAGAAGCCAGUGCUGUGAGGCCUUCUUCCAAAGGUAAAAGUACCCAGAAGACACCCUGGCAGCAGACAGAGGUGCAGGCGGUGGAAAGGCACAUGCAGCGAUUCAUCACAUCGCUCACUGUACCAGCAAAGAGCGACUGUGAAAAGUGCUUGAAAGCUGAACCAGGAGCACUGAAGAACCGUGAUUGGAAGAAUGUAAAAUUUUACAUUUAUAAUCGUAUUACAGCUUACAAAAAGAAAUUCCAGUGCAAAUAAUAAUAAUGUGAACAUCAUGGCAGGUUUUGUUCAAAGAUUUUAAAGGGUUAAAGAUGUUUUAAGGUUUACUAUCCCUUUAAAACUACAGAAACACUUGUAGGCUAUAGAAUAAUUUUGUUUGCCAUAUGUUUUAUGAUGACUGUGAUGGCCACCAGUCGGAAAACAUUGAUCAAACAACAUUUCAAAUAGAGUGUCAUGUUUGCAGUACAGUAUGUUUAUGAUGACCGUGAUGACCACCAGUCGGAAAGCAUUGGUUGGACAAAGUUAAUUUAAAGUCGUAGUUUGUUUAAAUUCACAUGUAUGUGAAAGGAAGCAUGUGUGAAAGUUAUUUUUUUUUAUAUACUUUUAAUAUCAGGACCUUGUUUUUAGGUAUGACUUCAUUUUGAGUUUUGUGAAGCUGAGUUCAAUAAAAGUUGAAUUCCGCAA